AUGACGUGUCUCCCAACAUCAGUCUUGCCUGACCCUCAACACUACCGCUGCACCAAGACGUGUCUCCCAACAUCAGUCUUGCCUGACCCUCAACACUACCGCUGCACCAAGACGUGUCUCCCAACAUCAGUCUUGCCUGACCCUCAACACUACCGCUGCACCAUGACGUGUCUCCCAACAUCAGUCUUGCCUGACCCUCAACACUACCGCUGCACCAUGACGUGUCUCCCAACAUCAGUCUUGCCUGACCCUCAACACUACCGCUGCACCACGACGUGUCUCCCAACAUCAGUCUUGCCUGACCCUCAACACUACCGCUGCACCACGACGUGUCUCCCAACAUCAGUCUUGCCUGACCCUCAACACUACCGCUGCACCAUGACGUGUCUCCCAACAUCAGUCUUGCCUGACCCUCAACACUACCGCUGCACCACGACGUGUCUCCCAACAUCAGUCUUGCCUGACCCUCAACACUACCGCUGCACCAAGACGUGUCUCCCAACAUCAGUCUUGCCUGACCCUCAACACUACCGCUGCACCACGACGUGUCUCCCAACAUCAGUCUUGCCUGACCCUCAACACUACCGCUGCACCAAGACGUGUCUCCCAACAUCAGUCUUGCCUGACCCUCAACACUACCGCUGCACCAAGACGUGUCUCCCAACAUCAGUCUUGCCUGACCCUCAACACUACCGCUGCACCACGACGUGUCUCCCAACAUCAGUCUUGCCUGACCCUCAACACUACCGCUGCACCAAGACGUGUCUCCCAACAUCAGUCUUGCCUGACCCUCAACACUACCGCUGCACCAAGACGUGUCUCCCAACAUCAGUCUUGCCUGACCCUCAACACUACCGCUGCACCACGACGUGUCUCCCAACAUCAGUCUUGCCUGACCCUCAACACUACCGCUGCACCAAGACUGACCACCAAGUGCUCACAUCAAGUGUAACUACCAAUAUUACCACUAGUGAUACCACGGACGUCAGACCUCUUAAUAUUAUGCAGCUCUAG